CCGCAGCCUCCAGCCUAGGCUUUCCUGCGCAGUCACCAACACACGCAGAAGGAAACCCUCUCGCCCCAGAGGCUCUGGGCUGCGCAGAAGCCCUGCCCUCAACACAAGGAUUCUCAGCCCCGAAACUGGGCUCUGCGUGGCCCGGAACGAAUGCUCUUCCACCGCGGUAGAGUGCACUUUCUCCAAGUGUGAAGAGGGGACAGAAGUGCAGCGAGCCAUGGGAGGGAGCUGCGCGCGGAGGCGACGCGCAGGCGGCCGCGGGCAGGUACUGUUUCCCUUGCUGCUGCCUUUGUUCUGCCCCGCGCUCUGCCAGCCCAUCCGCUACUCCAUUCCCGAGGAGCUGGCCAAGGGCUCGGUGGUGGGGAACCUCGCCAGGGAUCUGGGGCUGAGUGUCCAGGACGUGUCGGCUCGAAAGCUGCGCGUCAGCGCAGAGAAGCUGCACUUCAGCGUAGAUGCGGAGAGCGGGGACUUACUGGUGAAGGACCGGAUAGACCGCGAGCAGAUAUGCAAAGGGAGGAGAAGAUGUGAGCUGCAGUUGGAGGCCGUGGUGGAAAAUCCCUUAAAUAUUUUUCAUAUCGUUGUGGCGAUUGAGGAUAUUAAUGAUCAUGCGCCCCAAUUCCUUAAAGAUGAAAUAAACUUAGAAAUAAGUGAAUCGGUCAGCCCUGGAAUGGGAACAAUUCUUGAGUCUGCAGAAGAUCCCGAUAUAAAUAGGAAUUCACUGAGCAAAUACCACUUAAGUCCUAAUGAGUAUUUCUCAUUGGUGGUGAAAGAGAAUCCUGAUGGUGGCAAGUAUCCAGAAUUGGUACUGCAGAAGACCCUGGACAGAGAAACACAGAGCACUCACCACUUGGUGCUCACAGCUUUGGAUGGUGGGGACCCACCCCUAAGUGGCACCACGCAGAUCCGAGUCCUGGUGGUGGAUGCCAAUGAUAACCCCCCAGUGUUUAGCCAGGACGUUUACAGGGUCAGCCUUGGGGAAGGUGUUCCUCCAGGAACCUCUGUCCUAAGGGUGAGGGCCACUGACCAAGACGAAGGCAUCAAUGCCGAGUUCUCCUACUCCUUCCUUGGUGUGACUGGCAAAGCCCAACACGUGUUCGCUCUGGAUCCCAGCACAGGAAUCAUUAUAACUCAUCAGCCCCUGGAUUUUGAAGAAGUAGAAAGAUAUACAAUGUACAUAGAAGUAAAGGACCGAGGAUCUCUCUCUACACAGUGUAAAGUAAUUAUAGAAGUUCUAGAUGAAAAUGACAACAGUCCUGAAAUCAUCCUCACUUCUCUCUCUGAUCCCAUUUUGGAGAAUUCCCCUCCAGGAGUGGUUGUGGCUCUCUUCAAAACACGGGACCGAGAUUCUGGGGAAAACGCAGAGGUCACAUGUAAUCUAAGUAGAGAUGGUCCAUUUAAGAUUCACUCUUCUUCAAGCAAUUACUACAAGUUAGUAACAGAUGGGAGCCUGGACAGGGAACAGACUCCAGAGUACAACAUCACCAUCACAGCCACCGACAGGGGCAAAAUGCCUCUCUCUUCCAGUGCAACCAUCACCCUGCACAUAGCUGACGUUAAUGACAAUGCUCCCAUUUUUGAACAAUCCACCUACUUGGUCCACCUACCAGAAAACAACCAGCCCGGUGCCUCCAUAACCCAGGUCGGUGCUCGAGACCCAGAUCUUGGGCCCAACGGACAGAUUUCCUACUCCAUCGUGGCCAGCGACCUAGAGCCUAGAGCACUGCUGUCCUACGUGUCCGUGAGCGCACAGAGUGGGGUGGUGUUCGCGCAGCGCGCCUUCGACCACGAGCAGCUGCGCGCCUUCCAGCUCACGCUGCAGGCCCGCGACCACGGCUCACCCGCGCUCAGCGCCAACGUGAGCCUGCAAGUGCUGGUGGGGGACCGCAAUGACAACGCGCCGCGGGUGCUGUACCCCGCUCUGGGGCCGGAUGGCUCAGCGCUCUUCGACACGGUGCCGCGUGCCGCCGAGCCCGGCUACCUGGUCACCAAGGUGGUGGCUGUGGACGCUGACUCGGGACACAAUGCGUGGCUGUCCUACCACGUGCUGCAGGCCAGCGACCCUGGGCUCUUCAGCCUGGGGCUGCGCACUGGUGAGGUGCGCACUGCGCGUGCAUUGGGAGAGAAAGACGCUGCGCGCCACCGCCUGCUGGUCGCUGUGCAGGAUGGUGGAAAACCGCCCCUCUCGGCCACUGCCACUCUGCUCCUAGUUUUCGCGGACAGCCUACAGGAGGUGCUGCCAGACAUCAGCGACCCUCCGGAGAUCUCUGACCCUCAGGGAGAACUGCAGUUUUACCUUGUAGUGGCCUUGGCCUUGAUCUCAGUGCUCUUCCUUCUCGCUGUGAUUUUGGCCAUCGCCCUUCGUCUGCGACACUCUUCUAGUCCCACUUCCUGGGGCUGCUUUCAAUCUGAUCUCUGUUCUAAAACCAGACCAGGGGGUCCUCUCAACUACAACGAGGGAACCUUGCCUUAUUCCUACAAUCUGUACGUUGCAUCUGACUCUCAUAAAACGAGACUUGAUCUUCUCACCAUGAUGCCCGAAUUGGUCACCCCACAAGAUCUUCCUAACGAAGCUUCUUUGGCAGUAAGCUUCACAGAAAACAAGAUAAACCCUGACUCGGUUGCUUCUACUCACCAAGCCCCGCCCAACACGGACUGGCGUUUCUCUCAGGCCCAGAGACCAGGCACCAGCGGCUCCCAAAAUGGUGAUGAAACCGGCACCUGGCCCAACAACCAGUUCGACACAGAAAUGCUGCAGGCCAUGAUCUUAGCCUCUGCCAGUGAAGCUGCUGAUGGGAGCUCUACCCUGGGAGGGGGAGCUGGCACCAUGGGCCUGAGUGCCCGCUAUGGACCCCAGUUCACCCUGCAGCAUGUGCCUGACUACCGCCAGAACGUGUACAUCCCAGGCAGCAAUGCCACACUGACCAAUGCGGCUGGCAAGCGGGAUGGCAAAGCCCCAGCAGGUGGCAAUGGAAACAAGAAGAAGUCUGGGAAGAAGGAAAAGAAGUAAUGUGGAGGCCAGGCCUAGAGCCACAGAGUAGCCUCUCCCCCCAACCAGCUUCUCCUUACCUGUACCCAGGCCUCAGAAUUCCAGGGCUCACUCCCAGGAUUCUGGUAGGGGCCAAGGCCAUGCUCCCCUUGAGAAACAGAAACAAGUGCCCAGAGUCAACACCCCCUCUCUCCCCCCAGGGGGUUGAAUAUGCAAAGGGAGUUCUGCUGGGAACCCCCCAUCCAAUCAAUUGCUGUACCCAUGGGGGUAGUGGGAUUAGUGUAGACACAAGAACCAUUGUCACACCCCCUUUAGUUACAGCUGAACUCCUUCAUUUUCCAAAUCAAUCAGGCCCAUCCAUCCCCUGGCUUUCUGCUCCCCUACCCCACCCCACUCCUUCAAAGUUCCUCUCUUGAGUAAGGUGGUUGGGGUGUUGAGGUACCAGGUGACCUAAAAAGGCUCAUCAUUCUGAAGAGUUGGAAGAGCAUCAUGACCUCUUGGCCUCCCCUUCAGUUCUCAAUCUUCCCCCAAAGCAUGCUUUGGUGCCAAUCCUUUCAACCCCUUCUAGAGCCUGCAACCAGUGCUGCAGUUUUGGGGUAAAAGGUCACCAUCCAUCCCCAUGGUACUGAUGCUUGCUGGAUUUAGGGAGGGCAUUUUGCUACCAAGCCUCUUCCCAACGCCCUGGGGACCAGUGUUUUGUUCUGUUUUUCAUUGUUUGAUGUUCCCACUGCAUGCUGUGACUUCUCUACCCCUCCUCAAGAGACUCCGUUGCAUGUUGUGAGGUGGUAGGGGGUGGUAAGAUACAGAAGCGAAGAGUGUGUGUGCGUGUGUGUAUGGGUGGGGGAGAAUGGACAAAGCUUAACCCAUCAGUUAGUUCACAGAGUCUUGCAGGAGCCUCUGUGUGUCCCCAGAGUACUGGCCAGAUCCCCAAAUUCCAGUCACAAAGCAAACAGUAGGCUGGACAUCACCACACAUGUGCAUCUAGGCUUCAGCCCAGGCAGCCUGCUUUGGGCUGAGCUACCAGGACCAAUGGGUUUAAACUGGCAUUUCAGUGCAAGGACACCCUGAGCGGGGGUUCAGGAGCAGAUCCCCUAGAGAGGUCAGAAGGGCUGGCCUCUGUGGGUGCUGGGUACUCCAGAGGUGCCACAAGUAGAAGGGCUGGAGGAUCCCCAGCAGGAAAGGAGGCCCGGCUAAGCCAUUCUUGGUCCUUGGGUUGGGAGGCAAAGAGCUAGGUCAGGGACCAAGUGAGCAGGAAGUCUCGGCCCAUAAUGGGGGGGGCUUCUUCACAGGGUCCCUGUACUCCUCAAGCCUCAGCCCUUCACCUAGCCAGGUGCCAUUUCUUUUCUGUGAAGGCCAAUGCCUAAGCCCCCAAUCCGCCCCCUAGUGGCCAGAGCCUGGUUAAAAUCCCCCAGUGCCUCCUUGUGCAUAGACCUUCCUGUCCACCUUUUCUGUCCCUGCGGUCCUGUUUCUCCAGCGGGGUUGCAGGAGAACCCCACCCCAGCCCUUCAGUAGUGUAGAGCCCCCUCCCCCGGCUGGUGUAGAAUAGCCAAUAGUGUAGUGCGGUGUGCUUCACGUGAUGGCGAGUGGGCAGCGGGGGCGGGCUGGCGCAGCCGUCGGUCCUUGAAUCUGCCCGCAGCGGCCCGUGCUGUGUUUUGUGCUGUGUCCACGCGCUGUGGCGACCCCCUCCCCGAUAUUGACUCCUUCUAUAAGCGCUUCUCUUGCAUAGUCACGUAGCUCCCAUCCCCACCUCUUUCCUGUAUCUCACGCAAGUUUUAUACUCUAAUAUUUAUAUGGCUUUUUUUCUUCGAAAAAAUAAUAAAAAGGUUUCUUCUGAAA